CUCGACCCGGCGUCGUCAGUUUUACCAAACUUAAUCACUUUAAUUGCCACUUCAGUCGUUCCUCCAACUCCAAACAUCAAAAUGGUCCGCAUCACUCUUCUCGCCAUUCUCGCUUUCGCGAUGACCGUCCUCGCCAUCACUCCAAACAACGCCGGAGCAAAGAACGUUGGCAACGGCGCCGGGGCACAAUUCAUCACAGGAGGUUGCGUUGCGGAUGCAGACUGCUCAUCUGCAUGCUGCGCCAACGCUAGCGGUGUCGGUGUCUGCUCUGCUGAGGCUGCUGCUUUCCAAAAUGGAAAGGAUGGAUGUGGAUUCGUUGAUCCGAAUGCUGCUGCUACUAUUGCGGCUGCUAAGGCUCAGGUUGCCAAGCAAGGGUUCUAG